AUGGUCACCAAGUCCAUUUCCUCGUUCAAGGUCGCUGAAUCCAUCUCGCCAGAGCCAGUGGCCGAGGGAGAUUUCUUUCCCGAUAGUGCCAAUUUAUACCCUAAGUUUCCGGAGAAGAUUGGGAAAUCGGCCGUCGAGGUGUGGCUCUUUGAUGCUACAGCAGAAGAUGGCAGUACUUCGAUAACCAUUUCCUUUUUUCGCGAUGCUUUAGCAGCACCCGCAGGAUUUCGCAUCGCGGUCAAUGCCACUUGGGCUGAUGGCGCUAUCUGGAGCAGCCCAGUGAUUUUUCCAAAUUCCAUCAUCACAUCGGACGGGCCUGGUCUGGAUAAAGGAACUGUCGUCGGCGUGUGGCAGACGGACAGUGACAACAGCAACGCAACCUUUGAGGUAUCUGCCGAUCUUUCUACCGCACAAGUCGUUUUCAACGUUCCGGGUAAAAUAAUGGGUUCCCUUUUGCUGAAGUCCUUGGGAUUUGCCUCUCUGCCCAAGACGGCCGCAGAAGCUGAAGCAGGACCGCGUAUUUACUGGAUGAGACCCAUAGCCAUGGCUGAUGCUAAGGUUGACAUUACUUUAACCUCGAAGACGCCCGAGGGUCAAACUACCGACAGACGGUUGGUAAUGGGAGCGGGCGAAAGGGCCUUUGGAGGCGUUGAUCGGUCGUGGGAAGCUUUGGGUUGGACGAGAGGCGUCACAGACUCCGUCUUCUUGCGAGCCAAAGCCGGACCAUACACCCUCCAGAUGAUGAUGCUGGUUGGCAAGGCUGAGAAAAGUUAUCCAAUAACUGCAUCUGCGAGGCUGUAUUGGAACUCCGAGUUGAUAUGCGCACCGCGGACUGUCAUUGGCGUCGAUGAAUUUGCUUCGCAAGCAGGAGAUGGCGACUCACUGGCUGUGACCAGAGUCUUUGCAGGUGAAGGCCUUCCAGCCAUUUUCCGCCACAGAAAUGUCGGGUAUCGGCUCGAAUUCAAUUCUGUUGGUGCGACGGAAGCGCAGAGAUGGGUGUUCAAUACUGUCCACCAACGAGCCUGGUAUUGUAAGCCGACAGGUCCCCCAGGACCCGAUGGAACGGGAACAGGUAGCUCAGGCUUUCUAGUAUCCGUUGAGGGUGGGUUUCUUGGAGCUAAGGAGUCAUUUCAUGGCUGGGGUUAUGAAGGACAAGUCGUCUUGCCGGAAUAA